AUGAAUGUGGUCAUCCUUAUGCUUGGACUUGGGUCUCUUCUUGCUCUCAGGAUGGUUCCUGUUGGGGAAGCUGUGUUGGAAUUGAAACUGGGAUUCAGGCCAAACCCUUGUGAUGGAGUAGUUCUGGUUAAACACCAAGGGUCAUGGGGUUUCGUGUGUAAUGAAGUCUGGACUCUGGCAGAGGCCUCAGUGAUCUGUCGGCAGUUGGGCUGUGGGAGUGCAGUCGGUGCUCCGAAGUAUGUCCCCUUGCCUGGAGAGAGUCUUCAGCCAUGGCUUCAUGGAAUUUCUUGUAAAGGCAAUGAAUCAACUCUCUGGGAAUGCAACCUUGGGGAAUGGAGUCAGAAAAAUUGUUCCUAUGAAUGGGUUGUUGUAGUUCUUUGUUCAAAUGGAACGUUUCGGGAAAUCAGACUGCUGAAGGGGAACAGUCCUUGUGCUGGGCUUCCGGAAAUAAGAAAUGAGAAGGGCAUAGAUAGAUUAUGUGGUCUUCACAUGGAAGAGGCAACUGUGUUUUGCCAGGAGCUGAGAUGUGGCCCAGCUGUCCAAGCUCCCAGAGAAGGUUUGGGUGUUAUCCAGAAAUACAUGACCUGUAAAGGGACAGAGCCAACCAUUCGGAAUUGUAGGCUGAACAACAAAUUCCGGAGUGGUUGCCAGCUUCAGCUGGAUGCUGAAGUGAUCUGUGCAGGAUACACAGAAACCCGGCUUAUAGGAGGUGAACAUCGGUGUGAAGGGCGUCUGGAAGUGCAAAGAGGCCUGACCUGGGGCACUGUCUGCGACUCUGAUCUUGAUCUUCCAAUGGCUAAUGUUAUCUGUCAAGAAAUAGGAUGUGGAAUAGCUGUCUCCAUCCUGAGAGGAGCUUACUUUGGAGAAGGUCCUGGAGAGGUGUGGAGAGAGAUCUUCCAAUGUAGAGGGAAUGAAUCCCACCUGUUUUACUGUCCCCGGAAGCUGAAGCAGGAAGACUCAUGUACUCAUCGGCAAGAUGCAGGAAUCAGGUGCUCAGAAUUUAGACUGGUGAAUGGAAGUAGCAAUUGUACUGGAACAGUGGAACUACAGGUACAGGGAGUCUGGACCCCACUUUGUGCUUCCCACUGGGAUAUAGAAGAUGCCACUGUCCUAUGCCAUCAACUCAACUGUGGCAGUGCCAUAGCUACCCUGGAAACGACCUCUUUUGAGGAAGGUGUUGGUUCCAUUUGCCCUAAUGAAUUUCAUUGCUUGGGCACAGAGUCUCAUUUAUGGAAUUGCCCAGUAAGCACUUUGGGGGCAUCAUCCACCUGUCCUUUUGGGUAUUUGGCAGUAACUAUUUGUUCAGAUCUGCCAGGAUCUGUGCAGCUGAGGGAUGGAUACAGUCGCUGUGAUGGAAGAGUAGAGAUUUCCUUGCAUGGAGUCUGGGGCCGAGUCCUGGAUGCUGCUUGGGACCUUAAUGGUGCCCAGGUGGUGUGUAGGCAGCUCCUUUGUGGAAAAGCAGAGAGAGCCACUAACCCUCCUACACGACACCACAGGGGAGGUCCUGUAGGCUUGAGUAGUGUAAGGUGUGUUGGCAGUGAGACCCAACUGAGCCAGUGUAACAUUUCCACAUCUUCCCUGGCUCCAGUGGGGAUCACUCAGGAUGUGGGUGUUGUUUGUUCAGGGAGCAGAAGGAUCCACUUGGUGGAUGGCCCCGGCCGCUGUGCUGGCAGAGUGGAGAUCUACCACAAUGGCACCUGGGGCACCGUGUGUGAUGAUGCCUGGGACCUCUCUGAUGCCAAUGUGGUCUGCAGACAGCUGGGAUGUGGCGUGGCCCUCAGCGCCACGGGAUCUGCUCACUAUGGGCCAGGGGCUGGUCUUAUUUGGCUGGAUGAAGUGAGCUGCUCUGGAAAUGAGUCUGAGCUGUGGCAGUGCCCAUCCCAAGGCUGGGGCCAGCAUGACUGCAGACACAAGGAAGAUGCUGGAGUUCUCUGCUCAGAGUUCACAGCACUGAGACUGGUUGGUGAUUCCCACCACUGUGCUGGGAGAUUGGAGGUUUUCUACAAUGGCACCUGGGGAAGUGUCUGCAACACAACACUGAAUGAGAUCUCCCUGGCUCUCAUAUGCAAAAACCUGGAAUGUGGAGAAAAAGGGUGGCAGGAGUGGAAACCAGAACCUGAAGACAACUUCACAAUGUCUUGGUUGGGUAACAUUCAGUGUCAGAAGCAGUCCAAUUUCUCUCUCUGGCAUUGCUCAUCUACACCUUGGCAGGAACGUCUUUGCCAUCAUGAACAUGAGGUCCGGGUCAUCUGUGAAGAGGACAAACUGAGGGUCAUGGGUGGAAAGGAUGGCUGCUCUGGACGAGUAGAGAUCUGGCAUGGAGGCUCCUGGGGAACAGUGUGUGAUGAUUCCUGGGACCUGGCAGAUGCUGAAGUUGUAUGCCAGCAGCUGGGCUGUGGCCCAGCUAUAUCUGCUCCAGGAGAGGCUGCCUUUGGACAGGGGACAGGAAAAGUCUGGUUGGAUGAGGUGCAGUGUAAGGGGAAUGAAUUGUCUCUAUGGGACUGUCCUGCAAAUCACUGGGGACAUAGUGACUGUGGCCACAAGGAAGAUGCAGCUGUGAAUUGCUCUGAUGAGAGACAAUCGACUACAUCGCCACCCCAAACAGGUAACCUGCCCUUCUCUCUCUUCAUGGCCUUUAUUCAUCAUGUCAUCCUCAAAGAUAAUUACUUCCAGUCUCAGAUUACCUGCUGA